AUGACAGCAAUGGCCAGCUUUGAUAUUCAAAACUGUUUCAUCUUUACACUCCUCUUCCUCUUCCCAACCCUCUUUCUCUUUUACUUCUUCUUUUUCUUCAAGGAACCAAAUAAUAGCUUUGAUCUGCCUCCAAGCCCUCCUUCUCUUCCCAUCAUUGGUCAUCUUCACCUCAUCAUCUCUUCUUCCAUGCACAAGUGUUUUCAGAAAAUCUCAACCAAGUACGGACAAUUCCUCCAUCUCCGCAUCUUCCACGUCCCCAUCGUUCUCGUCUCCUCUCCCACAGUGGCCUACGAGAUCUUCAAGUCUCACGACAUGAACGUCUCCUAUCGUGGUCCAAUCGCUAUCGAUGAAUGCAUUGUCUUUGGCUCUUCUGGCUACAUCAGAGCUCCCUCUGGAGAUUACUGGAAGUUCAUGAAGAAGGUCAUCUUGGCUAAGGCCCUCGGGCCCCAGGCGCUAGAGAGAACACGUGGCGUCCGUCUAAUUGAGCUAGAGAGGUUCCACAGGAAUCUCCUCGAUAAGGCCAUGAAGAAAGAGAGCGUGGAGAUUGGCGAGGAAGCGAUGAGACUCGUUAACAACACUCUUGGGAAGAUGAGUAUGGGAAGUAGUUUCUCGGUGGAAAACAAUGACGGUGGGAAAGUCUCUGAACUAUCAAACGCGUUCACUUCCUUGUGCCACAAGUUUUGCGUGGCGCAAGUGUUUCAUAAGCCUCUUGAGAAGCUAGGGAUCUCAUACUUGAAGAAGGAUGUAAUGGAGGUUUCACACAGAUUUGAGGCGCAUCUUGAAAAGAUUCUCGCGAAGUACGAAGAGAAAGGGGAAAACCAUCAAGGUGCUGAGUUUAUGGAUGCAUUGUUGGAAUCUUAUCACGACCAAAACGCAGAGUAUAAGAUGACUAGAAAGCAAAUCAAGGCAUUAUUUGCGGAACUUUUCGUUGGAGCAGGCGACUCCUCUUCUUCAACAACACGGUGGGCAAUGGCAGAGAUCAUCAACAACCCUAAGAUUCUUGAGAGACUAAGAGAAGAAAUUGACUCCGUGGUGGGAACAAAUAAGUUAGUUCAAGAAACUGACCUACCAAAGCUUCCUUACUUGCAAGCUGUGGUCAAGGAAGCUCUAAGAUUGCACCCAGUGGGAGCUGUUGUGCCAAGGGAGUUUCAAGAAGGCUGUACGAUAGGAGGGUUCUACAUACCUGAAGGCACAUCACUUGCUGUCAAUUCUUAUGCUAUCAUGAGAGAUCCUGAUACUUGGGAAGAUCCUUAUGAGUUUAAGCCAGAGAGGUUUCUAAAUUGUUCAAGCUCAAUGAAAGAUGAUGAGAGGAAAGAGCAAGCAUUGAAGUUCCUCGCUUUUGGCGCCGGAAGGAGAGGAUGUCCUGGAUCAAAUCUAGGUAGUACUUUUGUGGGAACUGCGGUUGGAGUGAUGGUGCAGUGCUUUGACUGGGAUAUCGAAGGAGAUAAAAUCAACAUGGAAGAAGCUUCGGGGUUAAGAUUCUUUAUGGCUUUGGCUAAGCCCCUUAAGUGCAUUCCUCGUCCUCGUAAUAUAAACCAUUUACCUUCUGAUCAAGAUUACACUCAAGUUACAAACAUAUAA